ACAUUCAGCACUGCUUCUUCUAUUUUAUUCCCUGUCGCCAUUCCAUUACCAAACUCAACUCAACUCAACUCGUUCAGUUCAACUCAGUGAGCUACUACUGAGUGGGGUACUCUGCUAUUCUUUGUAGAAACAGAGACAAAGUGGUUUCUGCUGUUUUGGGUGUUGUUCAUAUAGAGCUAGAGCCAUGCUCUCGCUCUCUCUGGGUCGAUCGGUUGCUGUUUCACCUACUAUAAAUCGCUAUGGUUCGUAUAGUUUGCAUGGCUCCACCUCCAGAUUCAACCACAAAUCAAGCUUCAGGUUGCGAUCCAUGGCGUCCGAGUCUGACCCUUCUUCUUUUGCUCAAUCUAUCAAUUCUGAGUCAGCUGAAACUAACCCAUCUGGAUUCUGUAUUAUAGAGGGACCUGAAACAGUGCAAGACUUUGCCAAAAUGGAACUGCAAGAGAUUCAAGAUAAUAUUCGGAGUCGCCGCAACAAAAUUUUUUUGCAUAUGGAAGAGGUCCGCAGGCUGAGGAUUCAACAGAGGAUAAAAAACGCAGAGCUUGGAAUGUCAAGUGAAGAGCAAGAAAAUGAACUUCCAAACUUCCCAUCAUUCAUUCCAUUCUUGCCUCCCUUGACUUCAGCAAACCUUAAGCAGUAUUAUGCUGUUUGUUUUUCUCUUAUCACGGGAAUCAUCAUUUUCGGAGGCCUCCUAGCACCCGCUUUAGAGUUGAAGCUGGGAAUAGGAGGUACGUCAUAUGAAGACUUCAUACGUAGUGUGCAUCUGCCUAUGCAGUUGAGUGAAGUUGAUCCCAUAGUUGCAUCCUUCUCGGGAGGAGCAGUUGGAGUGAUCUCCGCAUUGAUGGUAGUUGAAAUAAACAAUGUAAAACUGCAGGAGCAUAAGAGAUGCAAAUAUUGUCUUGGAACUGGAUAUCUUGCUUGUGCUCGGUGUUCAAGCACAGGAACCCUUGUGCUUGCUGAAGCAGUAUCAACCAUUGACGGUGGAGAUCAGCCUCUGUCACCACCUAAAACCGAAAGAUGUUCAAACUGCUCAGGAGCCGGAAAGGUUAUGUGCCCUACAUGCCUUUGCACUGGGAUGGCCAUGGCUAGCGAGCACGACCCUAGAAUUGAUCCCUUUGAUUAACGUUAUUCCUCAGCAUCUAUAUAUUGUCCCUCUACUUACAAGUUACACCUUACAAUCUUUCUCUUGCUGUCAAACAAAUUUUCUUGUGCUAGAACCCUGAAAUAUAAGUAUAUACAAACGGUUCAAUAUUAUGAAUAUGCAAGUGAAGAGUUUUCUA